CGACACGUAAAAUGAAACGUGACCGAACUGUCAAAAUAAAUCUACUGUACCAUGGAUUGAUGUAAAUAUUGCAAAAUCCACAAAAAAAUACUGAUAACACUUACCAAGCAGUAUAAGAACGUUGCGUUGUUUACUUGAUAACACGGUUUCUGUGACUGAUAGGCACAUUAACAACGCGUACGCGACCGCCGACGCGCUGCCCAUGUCGUCGCCUGACGUGUCGAACUGAAGUGCAGUGUUGGCAACUUGGUACCGGGACCGCGCCUCGCCGCUCGCCCGCCGUCGGCGACCUGACCUACUUAUUGACCGGUUUGUUUUGCCUCCAAAAUUUAAAAGAAAAAUACCACCACUACUAUUUUCAUGCUUAAAUCUGAGCUAAAUACGCAAUGUCGGGACGAAAAAACGUACUAUACUUGUUCGACGUGGACGGAACGCUCACAAAACCGCGGCAAAGUAUCUCGGAAGACCUGUUAUCAUUCCUCCUGGACAAAGUGAAGCCACACGCGCGCGUGGGGCUGGUGAGUGGCUCGGAUUACUCGAAAAUCCUAGAGCAGAUGAAUGGCGAGCGUCACAUGUCUCAGUUUGACUACGUGUUUUGCGAAAAUGGUCUAAUGUACUUUAAAAAUGGUGAGCUGCAAAGUAAACAAAGCAUUUUGAACCAUGUUGGUGAGCAAAAGUUGCAGAAACUGAUCAAUUUCGCAUUAGGAUACAUGUCUAAGAUAGAAUUGCCAGUCAAAAGAGGUAACUUUGUUGAGUUCCGGACAGGUUUGAUUAAUUUCUGUCCUGUGGGGCGGUCCUGUAGCCAGCAGGAGCGGGACCAGUUUGCUGCAUAUGAUGCGGAGCACAAGGUCAGGGAGCAAUUUGUGUAUGCACUGCAGAAAGAAUUUGAUGAUUACAAUCUAACAUUUGCCAUGGGAGGGCAGAUCAGCAUAGACGUGUAUCCUAAUGGCUGGGAUAAAACCUACUGCCUCAACCAUGUGGCGGAUGCAGGCUUUGAUGAGAUACACUUCUUCGGAGACAAGACUGACCCGGGCGGCAAUGACCAUGAGAUCUACUGUGAUGGCAGGACCAUUGGACACAAAGUCACCUCUCCCAAGGAUACCAGAGAGCAACUUGCUGCGUGCCUUAGCAUUUGAUUGUGAUUUAAAUAUAAAAA